AUGGCGCGGGGCGGCGGGCGGCUGCAGCCCCGAGCCGCCGCUGCCGCUGCCCGCCGGGGCCGGGGGCCGCUCGGCCUCCUGUGCCUGGCGCUGCUGUGCGCGCUGGGCGCCGCCGAGGCGGAGUUCUCCAUCCUGGACGAGGCGCAAGUCCUGGCCAGCCAGAUGAGGAAACUCGCCACCGAGGAGCUGAGGGUCGUCACCAUGCAGAGGAUAUUCAACUCCUUCGUGUACACGGAGAAAAUAUCGAAUGGAGAAAGCGAAGUUCAACAGUUGGCAAAAAAAAUCCGUGAGAAAUUCAACCGCUACUUGGAUGUGGUGAAUCGGAACAAGCAGGUAGUGGAAGCUUCGUACACCGCUCACCUCACCUCGCCCCUGACUGCCAUCCAGGACUGCUGCACCAUCCCCCCAUCCAUGAUGGAAUUUGAUGGGAAUUUCAACACCAACGUUUCCAGAACCAUCAGCUGCGAUAGACUCUCGACCACUGUCAACAGCAGAGCCUUCAAUCCUGGACGUGACUUAAAUUCUGUCCUUGCUGAUAACCUGAAGUCGAACCCAGGAAUUAAGUGGCAAUAUUUCAGCUCCGAAGAAGGGAUUUUCACCGUCUUCCCAGCCCACAAGUUCCGGUGCAAAGGCAGCUACGAGCACCGCAGCAGGCCCGUCUACGUCUCGACCGUUCGCCCCCAGUCCAAGCACAUCGUGGUCAUCGUGGACCACGGGGCCUCUGUCACAGAGACACAGCUCCAGAUUGCCAAGGAUGCUGCCCAGGUGAUCCUCAGCUCCAUAGAUGAGCACGACAAGAUCUCGGUGCUGACGGCGGCGGAGGCGGUGCGGACGUGCUCCCUGGACCAGUGCUACAAGACCUUCCUGUCCCCUGCCACCAGCGAGACCAAGAGGAAGAUGUCCACCUUUGUCAGCGGCAUCAAGGCGUCCGACAGCUCCACGCAGCACGCCCUGGGCUUCCAGAAAGCUUUCCAGCUCCUCCGGAACACCAACAACGGCACCAGGCUCCAAGGAAACACUGACAUGGUCAUCAUUUAUCUCUCGGCUGGGAUCACAUCAAAAGACUCCUCAGAAGAUGAUAAAAAAGCCACUCUGCGUGUCAUCAACGAAGAGAACAGCUUCCUCAAUAACUCAGUGAUGAUCCUCACUUAUGCCCUCAUGAAUGAGGGGGUGACAGGGCUGAAGGAGCUGGCCUUCCUGCGGGACCUGGCCGAGCAGAACUCGGCCAAGUACGGCGUGCCCGACCGCAGCGCCCUGCCCGUCACCAAGGGCAGCAUGAUGGUCCUCAACCAGCUCAGCAACCUGGAGACCACCGUGGGCAGGUUCUACACCAACCUGCCCAACAGGAUGAUCGAUGAGGCCGUAUUCAGCCUGCCCUUCUCGGAUGAGAUGGGGGACGGCCUGAUAAUGACCGUCAGUAAACCCUGUUACUUCGGGAACCUCCUGCUGGGGAUUGUUGGAGUAGAUGUCAACCUUGCCUAUAUCUUGGAAGAUGUCACCUAUUACCAGGACUCCUUGGGAUCCUACACCUUCCUCAUCGACAAUAAAGGGUACACCCUGAUGCACCCCUCCCUGACCAGGCCCUACCUGCUGUCUGAGCCUCCUCUCCACACAGACAUCAUCCACUACGAGAACAUUCCCAGAUUUGAGCUGGUGCGCCAGAACAUCCUCAGCAUUCCCUUGGGCAGCCAGAUCAUCACAGUUCCUGUGAACUCCUCGCUGUCCUGGCACGUCAACAAGCUGAGGGAGAUUGGGAAAGAAGCCUACAAUGUCAGCUAUGCCUGGAAAAUGGUGCAGGACACGUCCUUCAUCCUGUGUGUGGUGGUGAUCCAGCCAGAAAUUCCUGUGAAGCAGCUGAAGAACCUCAACACUGUUCCCAGCAGCAAGCUGCUGUACCACAGGCUGGACCUGCUGGGCCAGCCCAACGCCUGCCUGCACUUCAAGCAGCUGGCCACCCUGGAGAGCCCCACUGUGAUGCUGUCUGCAGGCAGCUUCUCCUCCCCGUACGAGCACCUGAGCCAGCCCGAGACCAAGCGGAUGGUGGAGCACUACACGGCCUACCUGAGCGACAACACGCGCCUCAUCGCCAACCCCGGCCUCAAGUUCUCCGUCAGGAAUGAAGUAAUGGCAACCAGUCACGGCACGGAUGAAUGGAUGACCCAGAUGGAGAUCAGUGGCCUCAACAGUUACAUUGUCAGGCGUUACAUAGCAACCCCCAAUGGGGUGCUCCGCAUCUACCCCGGCUCCCUCAUGGACAAAGCAUUUGAUCCCACCAGGAGACAAUGGUACCUGCACGCAGUGGCCAACCCAGGACUGAUCACCUUUACUGGGCCCUACCUGGACGUGGGAGGGGCUGGAUACGUGGUGACCAUCAGCCACACGGUGCAUUCCUCCAGUGCUCAGAUGUCCUCAGGACACUCCGUGGCCGUGAUGGGCAUCGACUUCACCCUCAGAUAUUUCUACAAAGUCCUCAUGGACCUGCUGCCAGUUUGUAACCAAGAUGGGGGCAACAAAAUCAGGUGCUUCAUCAUGGAGGACAGGGGGUACCUGGUGGCACAUCCAACCCUCAUCGACCCCAAGGGCCACGCGCCCGUGGAGCAGCAGCACAUCACACACAAGGAGCCUCUGGUGGCAAACGACAUCCUGAACCACCCCAACUUCGUCAAGAAAAACCUCUGCAACAGCUUCAGCGACAGGACCGUGCAGCGCUUCUACAAAUUCAACACCAGCUUAGUGGGUGACCUGACCAACCUCGUGCACGGCAGCCACUGCUCCAAGUACAGGCUGACCAGGAUCCCGGGCACCAACGCCUUCGUGGGCAUCGUCAACGAGACGUGCGACUCGCUGGCCUUCUGUGCCUGCAGCAUGGUGGACAGGCUGUGCCUCAACUGCCACAGGAUGGAACAGAACGAGUGUGAGUGUCCCUGUGAGUGCCCACUGGAGGUGAACGAGUGCACUGGGAACCUGACCAACGCCGAGAGCAGGAACCCGAGCUGUGAGGUGCACCAGGAGCCGAUGACUUUCACAGCCAUCGAUCCCAGCCUGCAGGAUGCACUCCCACAGUGCAUCAACACCCAGUGCAACCAGAGGACAGAGAGCGGGGAUUGCUUUGGAGUGCUGGACUGCGAGUGGUGCAUGGUGGACAGCGAUGGGAAAACCCACCUGGACAAAUCCUACUGUGCCCCUCAGAAGGAGUGCUUUGGUGGCAUCGUGGGAGCCAAGAGUCCCUACGUGGAUGACCUGGGAGCAAUAGGGGAUGAGGUGAUCACCCUGAACAUGAUCAAGAGUGCCCCGGUGGGCCCGGUGGCUGGAGGCAUCAUGGGCUGCAUCAUGGUGCUGGUGCUGGCCGUGUACGCGUACCGGCACCAGAUCCACCGCCGCAGCCACCAGCACAUGUCCCCGCUGGCAGCACAGGAGAUGUCAGUGCGUAUGUCCAACCUGGAAAACGACAGGGACGAGAGGGACGAUGACAGCCAUGAAGACAGAGGAAUCAUCAGCAACACGCGGUUCAUCGCGGCGGUGAUCGAGCGCCACGCGCACAGCCCUGAGCGCCGGCGCCGCUACUGGGGCCGCUCCGGCACCGAGAGCGACCACGGCUACAGCACGAUGAGCCCCCAGGAGGACAGCGAGAACCCCCCCUGCAACAACGACCCGCUCUCGGCCGGCGUGGACGUGGGCACCCACGACGAGGACCUGGAGCUGGACACGCCGCCGCAGACGGCCGCGCUGCUGAGCCACAAAUUCCACCACUACCGCCUGCACCACCCCACCCUGCACCACAGCCACCACCUGCAGGCCGCUGUCACCGUGCACACCGUGGAUGCUGAGUGCUGAGGGCACCGCGGCCACCGCCUGCGGGCUGCUGUCACCCUGCCCCGGGGACGGCACGGCCACCAGCCACCGCCUGCAGGCUGUGACACUGGGGACAGCACAGCCACCAGCCACCUCCUGCAGGCUGUGACACUGGGGACAGCACAGCCAUCACCUGCAGGCUGUGACACUGGGGACAGCACAGCCAUCACCUGCAGGCUGUGACACUGGGGACAGCACAGCCACCAGCCACCUCCUGCAGGCUGUGGCACUGGGGACAGCACAGCCAUCACCUGCAGGCUGUGACACUGGGGACAGCACAGCCACCAGCCACCUCCUGCAGGCUGUGACACUGGGGACAGCACAGCCAUCACCUGCAGGCUGUGACACUGGGGACAGCACAGCCACCAGCCACCUCCUGCAGGCUGUGGCACUGGGGACAGCACAGCCACCAGCCACCUCCUGCAGGCUGUGGCACUGGGGACAGCACAGCCACCUCCUGCAGGCUGUGGCACUGAGGACACCACAGCCACCUCCUGCAGGCUGUGACACUGAGGACACCACAGCCAUCACCGGCAGGCUGCUGUCACUGUGCACUGAGGACACCACAGCCACCUCCUGCAGGCUGUGGCACUGGGGACAGCACAGCCACCUCCUGCAGGCUGUGGCACUGAGGACACCACAGCCACCUCCUGCAGGCUGUGGCACUGAGGACACCACAGCCACCUCCUGCAGGCUGUGGCACUGAGGACACCACAGCCACCUCCUGCAGGCUGCUGUCACCGUGCACUGAGGACACCGCAGAUGCCACUCCAGAGCCACGGGGACUGUGCUGCUCCCCAGGGACAGCCUCACAGGCUCCCCCACCAAACUGAGGCAUCAGAGCUUCGCAUUUUUACAAAUGUAAGGUUGGCUCUGGCCUGGGAACGUGCUUGAUGAAUGGACCUGCCAAAACGCGGGGACGGAUGGAGCAGGAGGCACGUUAGACCUCCAGGAACAGGGAUGGGAGUUCAUCCAGCAGCUGGAGUUUGUUGUGCUGAGCCAAGAGCACAGAGAGAGAGCUUAAAAGAGCCAGAGAUGGUUUGGUUUCCUUAACUGGAAGAGCAGGAAUCUGCAGCUGGAGAGCCCAGAAGUGCCAGACAGAGCGGGGAAGGCUGCCGGCCUCUCUGCAGGUGGGGAGCUCCCUGCGCCCACGUCGCUGUGCGGGACCUGGGACAAUGCAUCUCAAGAUUUUUAAGUAAAGGAUUAUUUUUCUACUAUUUAUUGAACUUGAAAACUUUGGGGGGAGGGAGGGGAGAAAACCUGUUAGGGGUUCUCAAUGAGUACCACGUGCAUUCUGUGCUGGGGAAGGGAAAGCAGCUGUUCCUGAGGAGCUGACCUUCAUCCAGUGCCCCACUCUGCAAAGGGAAAAUGAAGAAGCCCUCUCUGCCUCGGUGUUUACAUUAGGAUCGCUUUCUUUUCCACACUCGUUUCCUGUAAAUAUUACAGCCUGAUUUCUAUCCCAGUGUUGUCUUCCUAUUUGCAGAGGAGAAAUCCUGUACUCUGUUAGUAAAAUUCGGAGAGUUCUGCCCAGAAACUUCUCCAUCUUUAUCUCUUCGCUCAUCCUUAAAGGAUUCCUGUGUGGAAGUAAUAAAGAAUUUCUUUAGCGUUAGUUACCAGAUAAUCCCAGAUGGAAUCUGUGCCGUUCUUCUGUUUCCUUAGACCACGAGUAGGGAUAAACCAGUGUUUUGUAAAACUCGGGUUACUGUGGAAGGGACCUUGAAACCGUAAUGAGAAGCUGCUGCUGUUUGUCUGGAGUUUUAACCUUGCUUGGUAAUUCAAACGAAGAUUAAUCAAUGUCUGCAACACAGGGCAUCGGAAUUAUCAAUUAGUUUUCAAUCACAGUGUAGUAUUUUAGACUCACAUUCUGUGAUUACAAUGAUAUCAAGCCGUUCUUGCACUGUGCAUAUGAUAAACAUCCAUUUAUAUGUAGGUUUUUUUUUUUUAAAAAAAAAUCUUGUUUUAAUUAAUAUGGUACUUAAUACUGUAUUAUGUUAAAAAUUGGUUCUUAAGCAGUACAGUAAAAUAACUCUAUGUGUGAUACCAGGAUACCCCUUUAUACUAUGUAUAAAAUUAAAAUCUCUAGUGAAAUAAACUGUAUAUAAGUAUAGA